AUGUUUUGCUCGCUGGAAGAGAUACAACGGCGCUGUUUAUCUUGGACAUUUCGACUACUUGUCCGUCAUACGAGUGUCAUGGAACGUCUGCGAAAAGAGAUCUCUUCUGUCAUGGGGACCGAGUCCAUACCAAGUCGGGAACAGAUAAAAAAGAUCCGAUAUCUUGAUUCUGUGAUCAAAGAAAGCCUGCGUCUAUAUCCCCCUGUUCCACUGAACAAUCGCGAAGCAGUGGAAACCACUAUUCUACCAACAGGUGGUGGGCCAAACGGUGAUAAACCCAUCUUAGUGAAAAAGGGUGAACUUGUUGUUUAUUCACAGUACAACGGAAAGGCACCCAGCGCAGACAGGGUUUUACAACAUGCGCAGACAUUAGUCUCUCAACUAGAGGCUGAUAGGGAUCUCGAAGAUGCAGCGAAAAGGCCCAUCAUUUUUGUAUGCCAUUCCCUAGGCGGCAUAAUCGUGAAAAGAGCCUUGGCGUAUGCAGAGAGUCGCGUUAGACUCACUCACAUAUAUUCAAUUUACGUUUGUACAUUUGCUAUCCUCUUCUUCGGCACUCCGCAUCAAGGAUCCAGCAAAGCGAAUAUUCUUAGUAGUCUUCAAAAGAUUGUAUCGAUUGCAACCCCCAAAGCCGCUAUAGACCUUGAAUCAGGAUUGGUCAAUGCACUCGAGAAGGAAUCUGAAGUCCUGCAAAACAUCACCGACCAAUUUACACCGCUCAUGUCCAACUUCCGGGUCUUUUUCUUCUGGGAGCAAGAGAAGACUGAUCUCAAAUAA